AUGUCUGUCCAAAAGGCUACGGCCAACCGGUACAACUUUCUCAUAGUUUUCCUGGUCACCUUUGGCUCAUUGACGUAUGGCUACAACUCGGCAAUCAUUGGAGCCGUGCUGGGGCUCAAUUCGUUCUUCAAGUACUUUGGAAUCGAUCUGUACGGCCCCAACGCCGCCGAAAGCUCCCGCAUCACGGGUGCCACGAAUGGUAUAUUUGCAGCUGGUGGACUCCUGGGCUGCAUCUUCAUGACUUGGAUGGGCGAUGCCUUUGGACGCAAGGUGGCAAUACAGGUGACAUCGGUGUUGUGCGCCAUCGCGGGCAUCAUCCAGGCUGCGUCGGUACACAUAGCAAUGUUUCUCGUCGGACGAUUCCUUAUGGGAGUGGGCGUGGGCAUGGUCAAUGUCAUCACACCGCUCUACCAGAGCGAAAUCUCCCCAGCUCAUCUGAGAGGGCGCAUGGUGGGAACACACGGUUUCAUACUUUGCGUUGGAUAUGCUCUGGCUGGAUGGACGGGGUUUGGAUGUUUCUACCUGUCGUCGCCGGACGCACAAUGGCGUUUGUGUCUCGCGCUACAGGUUGUUCCACCUCUUUGCUUGCUCAUCGGGUCAUUCUGGCUCCCCGAGUCUCCACGAUAUCUCAUGGCCAAAGAUCGGUACGAGGAAGGGCUCCAAGUUCUGCGCGACCUGCACCGCCUGCCUGGUGGACAGGAUGAUAUUCUGGCACGGGAAGAAUUCUACCAGAUCCGCCAGCAACUUGAGCUUGAGCGAGCAGAUGGAUGGAGACAAGGUUGGCUGAAAGGAUGGAUCUUAUUGUUCCAGAGAAAAUCGUGCCGGAAACGCCUUUUAUUCGGGUUCCUCACGCUUGCUCUUGUGCAGUCUACUGGCUGCCUGGUCAUUAACAACUACCAGGUCCUCUUGUAUAAUGGUCUGGGUCUCUAUGGCUCUCUGCCUCUCCUAUUAUAUGCAGUCUGGGAUAGCUGGGCCGCGUUCAUGAAUUACAUGAACUCCUUGUGGCUUGACAAGUUUGGGCGGGUUUCUACCAUGGUCAUAGGGCAGAUUGGCGGUGCCAUCUCCAUCGCUGGUUUCACAGCAUGUUUGGCGAGGUAUGGGAACACGGAUAAUAAAAUCGGAAACGGGUUUGGCGUAUUCUUUUUAUAUCUUUUUGUCACCUUCUUCGCUGGCUCCAUGGACGCCACUUCCUACGUAUAUGCCAGCGAGCUCUUUCCUACUUCUAUUCGCACCCAAGGCGCCGGUUUUAGCAUAUCUGCGCUAUUUUGCAUGUCACUCAUCUACACCAUGUGCGCACCUGUCGCCUUCACCACUAUCGGCUGGAGAUACUACAUUAUAUUCAUCGUGCUGCCUCUUAUUGGGGCGACCAUAAUGCACUUUUUAUAUCCAGAGACAAAAGGGCUAACACUGGAGGAAAUUGGAAAGAAAUUUGGAGAUGAUGUGGCCAUCGAUAUGUCAGCCAUGAAUGAAGAGGAGAGGAGGCAGCUGGACAUGCGCUUGGCUAAGGAUGAACUUGAAAAGGUCUCGUUGAAUGUGAACGAUGCCGUCAGCAUUUUCUCAGAAGCAAACGACGCUGGGCGGCGCCAGAAGAUGCUUGGCCGUGUCAAAAGAACCCGGCCAACACACUCCCUCGUCGCCGUAUCAUUAAGCCGUGAAAUCGGCACGAUCAUGUCGGGAAGCAUCUCACUUUGCUCAUUUUGCCGUUCCAUACCCCUCAAUGUCGACACUCUAGAAUGGCUCCGAAAAGAGGCUAGACCAAGAUCCAAACUCGGAAGCUCGCGGCCUGUGCCUCUGGACAGGAGCCGGAAGACGGAGCUCGCCGUAGGCGGGAAAGCUGUCUUCGCACUGGGAAAAGCAGAAAGGGUGCUGAGCAGUGACUGUCCAUUCUGCAAGAUCACGGCCACAGCGGUGCGAGACAUCAAAAGGACCACAGGAUGGCAUGCAUUAAAGGCCGAUACUCCCUUACAACUUACGUGGAGUCACGAGGGCCCAAGCUCCAAGGGCGUCUUCAGGGUUAACGACAGAGAUGACAUUUACAUCUGCUUUGUUGAAGAGAACUGCAACAGCCCAUCAAAAGAAAAUUCACUUACGUCCCCUGCUUGUAUGAUCCGCCCGGCACCGGCCCAUCUUGAACCGUCUAAAAUCGCAAGAUGGAUCGCGGAAUGCGAGAGACUCCACGGGCCGGAAUGCAACGUUCACACCGGCAUCACCGGCCCUAUCAGAGACUUCUAUCGCGGGUUGGAGCUCAUGCGGUUUGUUGACGUCCAGAAAAAGUGUAUCGUGGAGCUCAGGGAAGUCGUGAAGUACGUGGCCUUGAGUUAUGUCUGGGGCGCGGCGGCUACUCUGCGUCUCACAACAAUGAACCAGCAGCGGAUGCGCACUCCUGGAAUACUUUGGGACUUGGAGCUUCCAAACACGAUCUGGGACGCUAUUGAUUUGACCAGGGCAUGCGGCGAGCGGUACCUCUGGGUGGACGCACUGUGCAUAGUGCAAAACGAUGCCGAAGACCUUGAGGCAGGAACUUACGCGAUGGACUUGAUCUAUGAGAUGUCCGUCUUCACCAUGGUUGCGGCUUCUGGUUAUGAUGCUGGGUACGGUCUGCCUGGCUUCAGAGUUGGUACGCGUCUCGCGCCGCCGUAUGUUGAAGUUGCUCCAGGAGUACGUCUAGGCGUUUUGCCUGAGGUUGACACUCUACUUGGAGACUCGUGCUAUGCCACCAGAGGCUGGACUCUACAAGAAGAAAUGCUCUCAAAGCGCAAACUUUACUUUGUCGAUGAUAGGAUCUUCUUCCAUUGCCCCCGCAUGACCCUGUCCGAAGAUUGUGCUGUAUCGCUCCGGCGACUGCCCUACAAUUUGUUGCGCAUGUUAGAGCCUUUUCGAAACUACAAGCAAUUAGUCAGAGACUACAGCUGCCGAGUUCUAACAAGACAAGAUGAUGCUUUCCGUGCAAUGUCUGGAAUCAUACGCCGCAUCUCAGAAAACCAACGGUGGAAUAUUAUUUCGGGAAUGCCGACACUGGCGCUUGAAAACAUGAUGUUAUUCCGACGGAAAUUUCAUCCCCUUUCUCGACGUUCUGAUUUCCCAAGCUACUCAUGGCUAGGAUGGAAAGGAGAGUUAGAAUUCAUGGAAGGAGUUUAUUUCUUUGAUGGGUGGAUCAAGUGGUACGUUCGAGACCCAGCGACAGGCGAAAUCUUCCCGAUUGAACGUCGGCCGACGUCUCCCAAAUUCGACAGGCAGCUGACAGGGAUUGUGGCAACGGACGACAUUGCCACCCAGAAACAACCGGAUUUCGGGCUUCUUCCAGGUGUUCAGAUGAAUCUGGGGGGUCCCUCGGAGAGGAGGGCCAUGCUGCACCCCCGCCCAACCUUCUCCCUACUGCUGUUUUCUACUUUGGCCGUCUUCUUCGAGCUGGACAGCGUGGACUACGUCAAGGGCAAAGCAUCUAUCAUCAAUCCUGGCAAAUGUGACUCGGGAAAUGUCAAUGGCUAUCUUGUUGGCACAGUCACCUUGGACGGUCUCAACGAAUACCCAGCCCCUCGUGAUGCGGAGUUCAUCUUACUGAGCAAAACAAUACCUUCAAACGACGAUUUGGAGUCGUUAGAGAUCAGUUCACGUAAAGAGAUGUAUGCCGUCAUGCUCAUUGAGUGGGUCCACGGGAUGGCUGAACGGCGAGGCAUUGGUUUCAUAGAUGCCGUCGAGUUCAAAGAUAGUAUGGCCCCGGGCCCAGUUUGGAAAGAGAUAGUCCUUGGCUGA